CAGGCCCGAUAUGUGCAUCCUUCCACCUAAGGGAAGAUCGGAACAAAGCCAUGGAUUUCUUGGGGGAAGGAGCCACCUUCAGUGUCAUCCGACUGCUGGCCAUGUAUGGUAAAGUGCUGCCCUUUAAUAGCUGAGCAGAUGUAGAUGAGGAUGUGAGAGUCAGGCUAUUUGGGGAGGGGUCGGGUGAGUGCUGUUUACCUGCUAAGAUGGCUUUCACUAGGAGGUGUGUAGGGCUGAUCUCUCUAGCCCUCCUUACGCUGGUGAACGUGGUUACAGGGCAGCUUAGGUACUCAGUAAGGGAGGAGUUGAAUCAUGGGGCUUUUGUAGGCAAUGUGAUCAAUGACUUGGGGCUAGACCUCAAGCAGUUGCCCACACGAAGCUUCAGUAUAACAUCUGGGAAUAACCAACAGUAUUUCGAUGUAAAUCUAGGGAAUGGAGUCUUAUUUGUAAAUAGAACAAUAGAUCGAGAAGCACUUUGCCCCCCAAAUGCCCCUUGUGUAAUAAACCUGGGGGUUGUCAUAGGGAACCCUGUGGAGGUGCACAACAUUGAGGUAGAGAUAUUAGACAUUAACGACCAUGCCCCCAGAUUUCCUAGAAAUGAAUAUUAUUUAAAUAUCAGCGAGUCAGCUAUGCCAGGAGCUAGGUUUCCCAUUGAGAGUGCACUGGAUCCUGACAUAGGAAGCAAUUCUAUUCAGACUUAUAAACUAAAUGACAAUAAUUACUUUGCUCUGGACCUAAAGACAUUUAAUGGGAAUAGUAAGCUGAUUGAAAUCGUGCUGAAAAAAUCAUUAGACAGAGAACAGAGAUCUCUUCAUCAGCUGGUUCUUACAGCUAUAGAUGGUGGCAAUCCUGCAAAAUCUGGCACAGCCCAAAUUUUGGUAUAUGUGAUGGACACAAAUGAUAACAAUCCAUUCUUUGAUAAGUCUACAUACAAAGCCAGUCUGCUGGAAAAUUCACCCACAGGUACCUUAGUGGUCAAGCUAAACGCAUCUGAUCCAGAUGAAGGAUCAAAUGGGGAAGUUGCAUAUUCAUUCAGUGGCUAUACACCACAGAAAGUUAGGCAGUUAUUUACUCUAGAUGCAAAAUCUGGGGAAGUUAGAGUGAACGGCCCAUUGGACUUUGAAAAGUCAUCAUCUUAUGAAAUAUAUGUUCAGGCCACUGAUAAAGGUCCAGUUCCUAUGGCAGGACAUUGCAAAGUGUUGGUGGAAAUAAUUGAUGCCAAUGACAAUGCCCCAGAGAUAGUUGUGACUUCAAAUUAUUCUCCUGUUGCUGAGAACUCACAAGAAGACACCGUUGUGGCUUUAAUGAGUGUAACUGACCAAGAUUCAGGCAUCAACAAAGAAGUUAGCCUAACAAUUCAGCAAUACCUUCCAUUUAAAUUAAAAUCAUUUAAAAAUACUUAUAAACUGGUGACUGAUGGUAAAUUGGAUCGAGAAAAGUGCCCUUCUUACAAUAUCACAGUGACAGCUACAGACUCUGGAAAUCCACCACUGUCAUCUCAGAAAACACUCUAUGUGGAAAUCUCAGAUGUGAAUGACAACCCUCCAGUAUUUGAAGAGUCAUCUUACUCUAUGUAUGUUUUGGAAAACAAUGCCCCAGGAGUAUCCCUGUUCUCUGUAAAAGCCAUGGAUCCAGAUUCCAAUGAAAAUGCAUUUGUUUCGUAUAUGCUUCUACAAGGAGAUGCUGAAGGCCUCCCCAUUUCUUCAUAUGUUUCUGUCAAAUCUGACAAUGGAACUAUAUAUGCAGUCCAGUCAUUUGACUAUGAAAAACUAAGGGAAUUUCGCUUUGUUGUUCAAGCACAAGAUGCUGGAAACCCUCCACUUAGCAGCUCAGCUACUGUAUAUGUUUUUGUUGUAGAUCAAAAUGAUCACGCGCCAACAAUUUUGUAUCCCAUCCCUACAAAUGUUUCAAAGUCUAUUGAGUUGAUUCCACGAGCAGCAAAUGCUGACUACCUUGUCACAAAAGUUAUUGCAGUUGACUCUGACUCAGGGCAAAAUGCCUGGUUGUUUUAUAACUUAGGCAAAUCCACAGAUCCAAAACUUUUUAAGGUGGACUUGCAUACAGGGGAAAUAAGGACUACGAGGAAAGUUGCAGAUGACAGUAUUACCAGCUACAACCUGACUGUUAUUGUAAGAGACAAUGGGGAACCUCCUCUUUCCUCUUCUUCCACUAUAAGUGUGGCUGUUGUGGACAGAAUUUCAAACAUUUUCCCCGACUCCCAUAGACAGGUUAAAAAUACCACAAGCUACUCUGAAAUGACUAUUUAUUUGAUAAUAGCUUUGUGCUCUAUUUCUUUUGUAUUUCUUUUGACACUGAUUGUCAUUUUUAUUCUUAAAUGCUGUAAGUGUACAUGUACUGCUGAGCCUUGCUGCACUGGUUGCUGCACGGCUUGUUGUGUCGUUCAGAACCCAAACCCUGCAGAUACAUACAAACAAGCCAACAAUAACAUUGAAACCAGACUUCCACCUGGAUUGACAGUACAGCCUAAUUUCAUUGAAGUUAGGGGGAAUGGAUCACUUACAAAGACCUACUGCUACAAGGCCUGCAUGACAGCAGGAUCAGGAAGUGACACAUUUAUGUUUUAUAACACUGGUGUUCCAGUAGGAACUAUGCCACAUGCAGUGAUUGCAGACAGAAACCUAACAGCACAAAGUGGACAGAGACAUAGCCUAAUCAUCUUAAAAAGUGAAACAACCACUCCUGUAGAGCCAAAACAUCCUAACCCAGACUGGCGUUACUCUGCAUCACUAAAAGCUGCAAUGCAGGGUGCUGUACAUAUGGAAGGAGCAGCAGUCUUACGUGGCGCAGCUGUAGGACUCGAACAACAAUGGCCAACAGUUUCCAGUGCAACACCAGUUCCCGAAGGAGGAGAAGUGUCUCCCCCAGUAGGAGCUGGUGUGAACUGCAACAGCUGGACCUUCAAAUAUGGACCUGGCAAUCAAAAACAACAAGUACCACAAAUACCACCCGAUUUUCCAGAGAAUUUUAUUAUCCCAGGAUCCCCAGCCAUCAUUUCAAUCCGCCAGGAUCAGCCAUCCGCUCAAGCUCAUAAAAGUAACUUUAUAACCUUUGGCAAAAAGGAAGAAACAAAGAAGAAAAAGAAAAAGAAGAAGGGGAAUAAGAAUCAAGAGAAAGCAAAUAAUAACGCAGCUGAUAACAAUGAUCAAUGAGAGGAUACUGAAGCCAAUUAUUCCCCCAUUUUUUUGUAAGACAUAAUGUAGCAACUCGUAAGAAUCUUCCUAUUGUUAAUGCACCUUCCAAUGAACAAAAAGACUUCAUCAUUUAAGCCUGAGAAUCUAUACAGUUUGUCAAUAUAAUUUAUCAGAUUGUGUCUUUAAUGCUUUAUAAUGUUAAAUCUUUAGUCAUAUAGUAUCCAGCGGUUGUCUCUCACAUCCAAAGAAUGCAAAUGCAGGUUGUGCAUAUAAUAAAGUAAGUGACUGUUGAAGUGUUGCUGUUGCCAGUACUUAGAGGAGAAAUUCAUUUUAUGGGUGAAAGUCGUAUUCAGCUCAUCCGGAAUUACUGACAAAACUGUUCCACCAGUUAUUUUAUUUUUCUGGGAUACCUCUAGUUCCUGAUUCCUGAUUGGCUGCAUUUUCUGAAUAUUAAUAUAUAUCCAGCCACAAGAUGGAAGUCUCCACUUGAUACUGGUGGCAAGUACACUUUAAGGUAUAUCUUUGUAAAUAAAGUGUAAUGCACCGAAAAACACGCUAUAUUGAACCACUCAUAGGACAAGAUGCACAUAUAAAUUUACACCAUAUUUCUGAGCAGAAAUAAAGUAUGAAAGUGGAGAAACAAAUAUUUUCUGGGGACAAAACACCCAUAAUCAAUCUACUCUAACCACAGGAAAUAAAUAGAAUUUCUUUAGAAUUAAUCUAGAUUUCAUACUUAGUAUAUUGAUAUGUAUAUUGAUUUAUAUAUACCAACAAUCAGCAAGGUAUCUAUUACGUUUUAUCAGGCUCUUGACAACAUUUAAAUGCAUUGAGCAAAAUCAAAAUGCAAGCUAAUUCCUCAGGAAUCAAGAUAGUAAAUAACUUGUUUAUUUCUGUUCCCACCAUCUGUUGUUGUAAAUGUACUCACUUCUGAAAAAUAACAAACCACAAAUAUAUACAUACAAAAUAAGAAAACAAAAAGAAAAAAAAGUUGUUUUUAUAAACAGUUCACAUGUAAAUACAUUCUUACAUACUUUUUUGAAGAGUGCAUAUAUGUGAUGAUAUAUAUUCUCUUCAAAACAAUAGGCAAUCAUAAUAUUGCGGUGUAUUUUAAGGAAAAUUAUAAUCAGGGUGCAUUAUACUAUAUAGUGUUCAAAGGAAAAUAGGAAAAAAAAAGACAUUGCAGAGUAUUUAUCUAAA